AUGCGGUGCUUCAUGCCCGGCGUGGCUUUCGUGCCCGCUUUGCUCGUCACCUGGUCCUCGGCCGCCUUCAUCAUCCCCUACGUGGUCGCCGUGCUGGCGGGUCACGUCGAUCCCCUCGUCCCCUACAUCAGUGACACUGGAACUAAACCUCCAGAGAGUGGUAUCUUUGGUUUUAUGAUUAAUAUUUCAUCACUCUUAGGUGUAGCUACAAUGUACAUCAGAGCUUUAAUUAUAGAAAAGCAGAAUGAGUCAUCACAUUUUAUUAGUUCUUCAUUCAACAUACUUUCAUUGUGUAUUGGAUUGAUGGGUUGUAUUGGAAUGGCCAUUGUUGCUACUUUUCAGGAGCUGUCGGUUCCCAGUGUUCAUGACAUAGGAGCUUUGGUGGCAUUUGGCUGUGGUGUUGUAUAUAUUACACUUCAGUCUAUUAUCUCUUACAAGUUCUGUCCGCAAUGGAAUACUUAUCUUGUGUGUCACGUAAGGAUGGCCAUAUCUAUAAUAUCAUGCAUCGCUGUCAUUCCUAUGAUUGUAUUUGCUUCACAAAUUUCCAUGACAAAAAUACAUUGGAUUCCAAAUGAAAAGGAUUAUGUUUAUCAUUUUGUGAGUGCAGUCUGUGAAUGGAUAGUGGCCUUUGGUUUUAUCUUCUUCUUUUUCACCUUCAUUAGAGAUUUUCAGAGAGUUUCUUUAAGGAUAUCAACAGAAAUACAUGAAGACUGCUGA